AUGGCGCCGCUACUGCUGCAAGUUCGAAGCUAUCUGAAGUUCAUGACGCCACACAAGAUCACAUACACUUUAAUUGAGCCACCUCGCGAGUCGGAGACUGCACAACUGGCUGAACUCUGCCCCAUCAAGGAACUGUUCAUUGCCCAAGUGCGUUGGAAUAUCGAGGCCAUGUAUUACUGCGAAAUAGCCCAUGGACGGCUGUGCCACUUCAUUGUCCCGCAGUACAACAUCCACGGAAAUUAUCUUCUAGGACCGGUGAAGACUCAGGCGUCUUCUGUCACACCCUCGAGCUGUGACAAUGACAGCUACCCGCUGGAAUAUUACUUCUACCACGGUAGUCUCGGCUACUACGCGUUCUACGAAGAGGCGGAGGGCACGUACUGUGCCUUGGACAAGACUGCGCAUGUGCGUGUACGUGGACUCGGAACCUACGACAUCAACGGAUCCAAUCUGGUCCAUGACUCCGGAGGCGAUGGGUAUCGGAAGUCAUACUGGUACAGCAUCUUCUGUGGCGUGUGGCUGGUGUAUCGUGCCAUUCAGAUGAGGAGGUGCUACGUCGCAUGCAAACGCUACGGUCGAAGGCCGUGGUGUACGUUCAAGAAAACAUGCCGGCUGACAGCCCACGGAGCGACAAAUUACCACCGGGCGGCCAUGCUGUACUUGCUCAUUGAAGGCUUGAUGAGCGAUUUGUUCAUGCUGAUCGCCCAAGAUGGGAUUCUCGUCAAGAUCCAGUACGUCUCUCUGGGGUACAAUUUAUCUGGCGUGCUCUUGCUGGUGUACGAAAUGAUUGAGCACAUGCAAAGGUUACGCGAGAAAUGGCGAGUGUUCAUCAAUCGACUGAUUUUCUGCUACGAGUCCUCGAUGCUUGGCGAGUUACUGAGUGUGAUUGGACUGCAUCACUACAUCACAACGAUUAAUCGGUCCAUUCUACGAGAGACUGAGUCAGCAGCCAUAGAGGUCUCGUACUAUGUCUGGAGCUUGGUGGGGCAUGGAACCAUUGUGCUUGGUCUCGUGGUUUUCAUCAUCUCCGUUCGGGCGCUCUGGGCAGUCGUUUACGUCUCCUGGAAGCAUCGAGCCCUCGCAAUCUUCUUCGCUCCGUGCUGCGUCGACACCACGCUCGCUUCGCGCAACAAAAUGACGCUGCUUGGAGGCUACCGCUGGGACGGUGGGGAGCUGUAUUACACCACGGAAGCUCUUAAGGCCUUUGGCCUGCUGAAGAUGACGGAAGACGAUGGAUCGGAGUCAUUCCCGAAGCGCAGCGCCGUGAAGAGCAAGCACGGGCAGCGUCAAGUUGAGCCAGUUGAGGCCCAGGUCGCCGAUGUCCGUGAAGCCCGGAAGUGGCAGGCAGACGACGGCGAAGAGCAGACUCGCCACGAGCACAACGACGCUCUUUCCUCGGACGUGCCUGGGACGGCGCUGUUCAGCGACACGAUGCCCAAGAAGGCGGUGAACGAUGCGAUUCCUGCCACCGAUUUAAUCGACGCAGACGGUGGACGGAUGCUUCGUCGUGUCGAGAAGAACGAAGACGACAUUGACGAAAAGAGAGGGUUUUCUUAG